UUUAACAACGCGUCUGGAAAGCUGCGGUCCACUAUUCCAAAUCCUGACGUUGAAUUGUGUGAAUGAAAAUGACUUCUGCUGGAAUGAAACUGCGGGGCAAGGUUGCCGUUGUUACAGCAUCUACAGACGGGAUUGGUUUUGCCAUUGCCAAGCGAUUGGCAGAAGAUGGUGCCAGUGUUAUGAUAAGUAGUCGUAAGCAGGAAAAUGUUGACACAGCAUUGGCUAAGUUGAAAUCUGAAAAUCUGACAAAAGUUGCUGGAGUUGUUUGUCAUGUCGGUAAAGAAGACCAUAGAAACAAAAUGAUACAGGAGACCUUGAAGCAGUUUGGAGGAAUUGAUAUAUUGGUGUCAAAUGCGGCAGCUAAUCCAUAUUUUGGAUCACUUUUAGAAUUGUGGAAGAACCCCGCAUUGCUAGAAAUGACCAAUGAAAAUGUUCCAAUGAAGAGAAUUGGAAAGCCGUCUGAGUGUGCCGGGGCCGUUUCUUUUCUAUGUUCUGAUGACGCUUCUUUCAUUACCGGAGAAACUAUAAUUAUGAGUGGUGGGAUUGCACCUAGACUUUGAGGUCGAUAGCAGACAUUCCAUCUA